AUGGUGGCCAAAUUUUUUUUGGGAGAGGCGAAUCGCACUAGCGAGCCAAAAAUCCUGGACAAGGUCAAGGAGAUCGCCAAGGUGCACGACACCGUAAAAGACCAUAUUCCUGAACUGCUCUGGCACCACACAUUUACGAAUCCCACAUCCGCUAUCCGAGAAGCACUCGGCGUUCCAGAACCCACCACGGGUAGUCGCGUGCUCUAUAUACUUGUAUUCCGCAAGCUCCACCCCAUCACGAAGCUUCACGGCAAAGAUCUUUUUGACGUGUGGUAUCAAUGCAUCCAAUGCCACGUUACUUUGUGGAAGGAAGGGGUAUUUUAUCGAGAUGUCAGCCCUGGCAACCUGAUGUGGUAUAGGAGCCUUGGCAGACUGAUAGGCGUCUUGAACGACUACGAUCUAUCCUCGUUGGCAGAUGACCAGGAUCCUCGGGGCAAUGAGCGCACAGGCACGAUACCAUUUACGGCGCUCGAGCUUCUCUCCGCACAGGGUCAACGAGGAGAAGUCAAACACCUAUAUCGUCAUGAUAUAGAGUCGUUCAUGUGGUGCUUAGCCUGGAUUUCUUUGCGUUACGAGAACGGAGCCCUUCUGCCAGUGAAAUCGCGUCAUUUGGACGAUUGGGCCACUUCUGACGCAGUGACCUGUGGCAUGCUCAAGUUAUACUUUUUGAACAACCUCAAAGAAUACCGAUCUCCUCACAUAGAGUCACCUACGUGGAAGUUCCUUGUGGAGUCUUUUGUGGUGCUUAAAAAGGAAGCCGACGCUCGAUACUAUCCUGGCCUUCAGUUUCUCUCAGAUGGAGACGAGCAGCCCAACCCCGAGGAAUCCGAAUCAGAUAUUGAUAAUUUUAUACAGUCAUUCAAAAAUACCAAGAGCUGGGCUGCGCUCAGCUAG